CCUUCCCGAUUUUUCAGUUUAUAUUUCCUCGUCUCCUCUUGCCUUUUCGUUAUAAAUCGUUAGCCGAAGGAGAAGGGAAGGUACGAGAAGCGUCGAUGCCUGCUUGCUGUCCUCAGCUCUGCAUUCUCAAUCCUACUACGCCCGCUCGCUCGCGAGAGAUAGAUAGACAGAGAUUGACAGUUUCUAAUUGAAUAUCACGUUCUUUGCGUAUAAUCCAGAGGAGGACAAGGAUUCUGCGCUGUUCGAUUGGAAAUCCGGGAGCCCGUCAGAAAAGUGCACAAGAGAAAGAGAGAGCGAGAGAGGACUGCACCACAAGAAGCAGGUGAAAUUCCGGGGAAGGGGAGAAGGUUUUCUCUUUUGUCUAGAGGGGUUGAGCCUGCUUCCUCUCGAGACGGUGGUCUUAGUUGUGGUGAGUGACAGAAAAGAGAGAUGGAUCGGGUUUUGUUUCAGAAGCUGAUGAGUGAGGGGAGGGAAUCGUUGUUGGAGACGUUGAAGUUCGCGGUGCUGCCCAUCGCCAAGGUCUUCACAAUGUGCUUCCUCGGGUUCCUCAUGGCCUCCAAGUACGUCAAUAUCCUUCCUGCCAAUGGACGGAAACUGCUCAACGGGUUGGUGUUUUCUCUGCUUCUUCCGUGCCUCAUCUUCUCUCAACUUGGUCGAGCCGUCACUGUACAAAAAAUGUUGGAGUGGUGGUUUAUUCCUGUCAAUGUUGUUCUGGGCACAAUAUCUGGUUCCCUCAUAGGCCUCCUUGUUGCUCUUGUGAUUCGUCCACCAUACCCUUAUUUCAAAUUUACUAUUAUUCAAAUUGGAAUUGGGAACAUCGGAAACAUACCUCUUGUCCUGAUUGCAGCAUUAUGUCGAGAUAAGGCCAAUCCAUUUGGUGAUCCUCUUAAGUGUAGCCAAGAUGGCAAUGCCUAUAUAUCCUUUGGUCAAUGGGUUGGUGCUAUCAUUCUGUACACAUAUGUAUUUCACAUGCUAGCACCUCCGGAGGAUUCUUGCCAAAGCCUUGAAGCAGGAAAAAUUACUGCAAAGGUCACAGAAAAAAGUUCUGCUCCUGAAGCUACUCCCUUGCUUUUGCCUCUAGUGUCCGAUGGAGUUGUCUCAAGAAGAGCCACAAAGAAAGAAAAGGUAGUUAAUUUCUUGUCCUUCAUGGUUGAGAAGUUGAAGAUUAAGCAAAUUAUGCAGCCUCCUAUUAUUGCUUCGAUUAUGGCGAUCCUAAUUGGUGCUGUACCAGUCUUCAAGAACUUGAUCCUUACAGAUGAUGCACCACUUUUCUUUUUAACUGAUAGCUGUAUCAUUCUUGGAGGGGCUAUGAUUCCGUGUAUUUUGUUGGCUUUGGGUGGAAACCUUGUUGAUGGACCAGGACCAGGAAGUGCCAAGCUUGGAGUCAAAACAAUUGCUGCAAUUAUCUUUGGGCGGUUGAUUUUGGUUCCUCCAACUGGGCUUGGUAUUGUCACUCUGGCAGAUCGGCUCGGCUUUCUUCCGGAGGGUGAUAAGAUGUUCCGAUUUGUGCUUCUGCUUCAGCAUUCAAUGCCAACAUCUGUAUUGUCUGGUGCCGUUGCAAACUUAAGAGGUUGUGGCAAGGAAGCUGCUGCUUCUCUUUUCUGGGUUCACAUCUUUGCUGUCUUCUCAAUGGCAGGAUGGAUCGUGCUUUUCCUUGCCAUCUUGUUCUAGAACAUUGUGCUUCUAAUCCAGUUCAUCUUUGAUGACACGCCUCAGCUAUCAUUUCAGGUGCAGCAUCCCAAAUGGCCGGAUACUCUCCCUGGAUCAUUUCCUUCAUCGCCCAAGGGCGCAAGUAUAGCAGGAUACUCGUGAAGUGAGAGAAUAGGAUGCAGGUAAAAAAUUAAAAAUGAGCUGCAUGUUUGAAAAGCCAAUGGGUUUGGUUUUUCCGCAAGUUGGCCCUUCUCUGCACGGAUCCAAAUUUUGUAUCUGGUCCAAAUCAUGUUUAAUAUCAUGAUCAAGUGCAGUGGUAUAUUA